AUGGUGCGAAGAAGCGUGCGCACCGCGGCAAAGAAUGCCGAGACUUCCACCCCCGAAACCGAGGCUUCCCUUCCGCCUUCUGCGUCUUCCCGUGCGCCUCGAAAAGAGAGAAAACGGCCGGCAUUGCCUCACCCGACUCCCAACGAUCAGGGUGAGCAGGCGCCCGCUGCUGGUGCCUACUCGGGUGCAUCCUCCACAGUCAAGCCAGCCACUCUCCACGCCGCGCCUCCUUCUGGAGACCUUCCAGCGCAGAGCGCAGACGGGACCGACGCGCAUGCGGCGGAGGCAGCGGAGCGGGGCGGAAUUGAAGCAGAGAUGAAAGAACACGCGGAGACAGCGGCGCAAGACGGACGGCCCGGAGCGGAAGAGUGGUACCUAAUCCUCACCGAGGAUGCCAUGGCCGUUCUUCGCGCGCAGCAGAACCACCAAAAUGCACCAAACCUACGGGGGGCCGCAGGCCGAGAAGGAGAAGGCAAGACAGGAGACAAAACAGAAGCCAAAACAGGAGACAAGAGAGAAAGAGAAGAUAAGGGAGAGGGCCCCAAAGGAGGGAGCGUGGCAGCGUUGGGGGGCAAUGACUCGAGCGUCGUGGGUCCAGUUUCCGCAGAGACGAUUCGCAUCUACUUUCAGCACUGCUUGGUGGACGGCUACACGCAGUGUUGGAAGUCAGGCAUGGCUGCCUGGUCGCCGCUCUGUGCCACGGAGGAGCUGAAGAAAGUUUUGCAGGAAGAAGAAGAGGAUCUCGAACCUACCGAGGGAGGGCGAGAAGACGGAGAGAAGGCGGCAAGCAGCGCUCGCGUCGACGCAAUCCCUCCGGAAUUCAAGUACGUGACACCCGAGGGCGUGCAGAUGGUGUUCGACGAAGGCGACAAGACCUGGCGCACGGCGGAGGAGUACGAGGCGCUUUACUCGCUGCUAGCAGAAGCCGACGCCCUUCCCUCCGCCUCUUCACCUGGAGAGAAACCGUCUUCGGGCGUCAGUCCGCCGCUGCAGGUGCGCGAGGAGGAUAUGGUUUUCCCUGGCCUCGCUGCAGUCGAGGAAGAGGCGGGCACAGAAGGCGAGGGGAAAGAAGGCGCGGGCGACACGCGAGAGCUGACUGAGGCGGAGAGACAGAAAAAGGAAAUCAACGCGGAGAAGCGGCGGCUGUACAGACAGCGGCUGAAGAAGAAGAAGCAGGAAGGCCGCUGGGUGGUGAGCAGAAAAAACCCAAACAUCUACGUCUCCAACCUCCCCCCUGACUGCACCGAAGCCGAACUCGCCGAAAUCUUCAAAAAGGCAGGUGUCUUCAAAAUCGAUCCCGACACCCUGCAACCCAAGAUUCGGGUGUACGCGGACGACGCAGGUCGCUGCAAAGGCGAUGCGUUGAUUUCCUUCGUCCACGAGAAUUCUGUUGACAUUGCCAUCAAAUACUUUGACGGUUUCGCCUUCCGAGACGGCGCAUGUACUCUGAAGGUGCAGCGUGCAGAAUUUGCCCCCAAGGCGGGACAGGGCUCGAGCCCCACAGCGGACGGGCUCGAAAGGGGUGUCUCCGAAUCGCGACCUGGAAAAAGAGACAGAAGGAAAUACCUCGCUGCCAAAUAUGAGCAGGAGAGGUUGUUGAGUUGGGGAGACGCUGUCGACGACGGCACAGGUCGCCGAAUCAUCAUCCUGAAACCGACGUACUCGAGCGAAGAGGCGGAGCUGUACGAGGAAGGCGAUGCUUUUUACGAGGAACUUCGCCAAGAGUUGUUCGACGAAAUUGCUCAGUUCGCCAAGCCAGAAAAGGUUACAGUCAUCCCUAGACACGUCCAGGGCGUUGCCUGCGUCAAGCUGAAGACGGCUGAAGACGCGGAGCGCAUUAUCGAGCAAUUUCGGGGACGAUACUUCGACGGGCGACAGCUGGAUGUCUUCUUCUUCGAUGGACGUAGCGACUUGAAAGCGAACUGUCUUCCUUCGCGCCUCGCGAAAAAACCAAAGGUUCUCGCCCCUAUCUCUUCCCAAUCUUCUAGCGAAGCUCCGCGAUCAGAAGGUGCCGGCCAGAACGAAGGAGGGAUGCAACAGGAAGACCACGAGCUCCAAGAAGGGAAGGACGACGAAGCAGCGCGUCUCGACAAGUUUGGGGCAAGUCGUUGUUUCUGUGGCAGAAGCAUUUCGUGA